CUAUGUUUGUCCAUCAAUUUUCAUUUCAAAACACUGCAAGGCUUUAAAAAAUGAAUUUGCUCUUUAAACUGCUAAUUUUCAGUAUUGCGUCUUUGGAUAGAUGCGCAUAUUCAUUCGACAACUAUAACGGAUAUCAUAGGAUAUUUGUGCAUAUUAAUAGUAUUGCGAAGGGGUCAGAUUUUAACGUGAACAAAUCGCCCAUAGAAUAUGGAAAGCUUACCAGAAUGUUGUCCAAUGUUACAGAUUUACGAACAAUCUCCAGACAUCAGUUUUCAAACUUUCAAAGGAAAGAGCUGGAAAACAACGUGACUGCAGUGCCACCUACCGAAAGUACUUCAAAUUCGUCAUCACCAACGGUGUCUGAUCGCUGUCUAAUUGGUGUAUCUAGUGUGGUGCAAGCUGUAGCUCAACAAAAGAUUUGGGCAUUUAAAAUGAUUGAUGCUGCCGGGAAGCCACCUGCUAAUCUACUUGGAGGAGGAUUCAAAUGGCUUGGAGACUACGACGAAUGCCUGGAUAUCAAAGGGUCAACUACUGUUGGAAACAAUGAAAUGAAAUUUGGUACCGAAUAUUGCAUGUUAUCUGUUAUAAACUUACAAGCUGUGCCAAAUAUAUUACCUCAGUAUACCGCAUUAAGUAUUGGUAUGUGUCUACCUGAUAGCUGUUCAGAGCAGGAUACUCAAAUAUUAACUGACUCUAUCAUAAGGAAUUAUACAAACAACAUAUUCAUAGUUAGUAAAGCGGAAUGCCAGGAACCAGAUAAAUCUUUUGAUACGAGAGCUAUGACUGUUCUGUAG